AUGGCCGCUGUGCAGACUGUCAAAGUGACCCUGCCCUCCCUGCCUCAGGGCUGGAGUGCUGACAAGGACUUCAAGCCUGUUGGUGCUCUGUCCGCUGCCACCCAGCGGAACCUGGAGCCUGUUGGCCCGCACUUCCUGGCUCACGCUCGUCGCAAGCGUCACCACCGCACCUUCUCUGAGGAUGAGCGCAUCCAAGCCCAGCACAAUGUCAAGAAGACAGAAGAUGAGGACGAUGGGGAGAUCUCUGAGCCGGAAGACCCCAUGAUGCUCACCCGCGAGGCCAAGGACUGGAAGGCCCAAGACCACUACGCUGUACUGGGUAUUACCAAGUACCGCUGGCGUGCAACCCCCGAGCAGAUCAAGAAGGCCCACCGCAAGAAGGUCCUGCGUCACCACCCGGACAAGAAGGCCGCACUAGGUCAAACCGACGAGAACGACAACUUCUUCAAGUGCAUCCAGAAGGCGACCGAGCUGCUCUUGGACCCGGUCCGCCGUCGCCAGUUCGACUCCGUCGAUGAAGCUGCUGAAGUCGAGCCGCCCUCGAAGAAGGCCGUCCAAAAGGGCAACUUCUACAAGCUGUGGGGACCCGUCUUCAAGGCCGAGUCUCGCUUCUCGAACAAACAGCCCGUUCCACAGCUGGGCGACGAGAACAGCGCCCAGGAAGAUGUCGAGACCUUCUACAACUUCUGGUACAACUUCGACAGCUGGAGGACCUUCGAGUACCUGGAUGAGGACGUUCCCGAUGACAACGAGAACCGUGACCAGAAGCGUCACGUUGAGAAGAAGAACGCCAACGCUCGCCGCAAGCGUAAGACUGAGGACACUGUCCGUCUUCGUGAGCUGGUCGACGAGUGCCUAGCCCUGGACGAGCGAAUCAAGAAGUUCCGCCAGCAGGCUCGCGCGGGCAAGGACGCCAAGCGUAAGGCGAAGGAGGACGAAGCCAAGCGUCUCCAGGAGGAGAAGGAGAAGGCUCGUCUGGAUGAAGAGCAGCGCAAGAAGGAGGCGGAGGAGAGCGCCAAGGCCGAUCGCGAGAAGAACAAGAAGGCGAAGGAGGCUGCCAAGAACGCCGCGAAGAAGAACAAGCGUAUUCUCAAGGGCUCCGUCAAGGACGUCAACUACUUCGCCGAGUCCGGCGAGCCUUCUGCCUCGGAUGUGGAUGCCGUUCUGGCUGAUGUUGAGCUCAUAAUGGCCAAGAUCGACACCGAGGAGCUGGCUGGGCUGGCUGAGCGUCUGACUGGCGCUGGCAAGAACAGCGCUGCUGUCAAGUCCGUCUACACUGAGGAGGCCAAGAGACUUGUCGGUGCUGGCAAGAUUAAGGAAAGCGAGGUCAAGAUCUUUGUUUAG